AUGUGGGCUAUUUGGUCAGAGAAAAAUAAAGUUUUACAUGGUGGAGUAAGGCGAGAUGGAUCCUAUAUUGUUUCCUAUGCAACUCACUAUUAUGGAAACUUCCUUGCCACUCGCAAUUGGGCUAAAGCGCCUACUGCCAUGGCUGCACCAACUGCAACUGAACAACAUCACAAGCCAACGGAGGGAGUUCCAUGGAGGCCACCUGAUCUGAAUGGUAUCAAACUUAAUGUGGAUGCGGCGAUCAACCAAAUGACAAAAACACUGGGUAUUGGAACGAUUAUUCGAGAUCAUAAUGGAGUUGUUCUUGUUGCCAUUUCUAAAUCGGUCCAAGGAUAUUUUCGAUCAAAUGAGAUGGAAGCGAAAGCUCUCUUUCAUAGCAUCAACUGGGCAAGUCAACUACAAAUCCCUGUAACAAACAUUGAAACAGAUGCUUUAAGAGUCUUUAAUGUGCUAUCAAUUACAUUCUUAGAUUUGUCUUCUUUUUCAAAUUUAAUUUUUGAUGUUCGUAAUCUUUUAUCCUCUUUUUUUGUAGUUGUUGUCUCAAAUGUUCGGAGACAUGCUAACCAAGGAGCACAUGAGUUAGUUAAAUAUGCCCUAGAGUUGGAUGAAAAUGUCUCUUAG